AUGUCGUUAUCUCCUCGUCCCACUCGCAAUAGCGUUAGACGUCUACCUCGAACUCCCACUCAAUCACCUUCUGUGCAACAUAGACGUUUGGGAGAAGUAAGAAGUGCUGAUCCUUACCAACAGUUGGGAUUCCUGAGUGAUCGAACACUACACACCAACAAUGGAUACCUAUCUCCGGAUAUGAGACAACCACUGCGGUCGCAAUCAUUCAAGCAUCGUCCAAGGCCAGUAGUCGAGAUACGACGAACAGCAGCUGAAGAUGUUAGUUGUGAAAGACGUCGAAGUACUCCCACAGUCUCCAGAAGAAGCAGCUUACAAAGAUCUCGUCUAGUUGAGCCACGUACAGAUGUAUGGCCAGAAGCCAAACCUACAAGUGAAGUUGAAGAACGUUUUCUACGCCUUCCGGAUUCCGAAGAUUACACUCGAGUUCGCCAAUUUAAAAUAGACGCCAAGGGAGCUGUCGUUAGUCGCGGGGAUUCGUUUCGUCGAAAACGUAUAGCCAAAGGAUUUCAAGGAGAUAAAUCACCUUCUCCUUACGCCAUGUCUGGGAGCGACUCUGCUCGAGGAAGCCGAAGUGACAGCCCAUCUUCAUCAGAUGAUUCACGUAAAGAGCAAAGCGAAGAGAACGAUGCAGGAACAAGUCAUUCAAUUUAUAAAAUUUAUGUACUUGGAGACACGGGUACUGGUAAAUCAUCAAUGAUCGCACAACUCAUAACUUCUGAAUAUAAAAAUGCCUUUGCUGACGAAAUACAAGAUUAUGAGAAUACUGUAUCUAUCAACAUUGGUGGUCAAGAGUGCGAUUUAAUUUUCUUGGAAAGUGAUAUGGCUGAUGACACGUUCCUCAACCCAGACAUUCAUGCUUAUGUUGUUGUGUACAGCAUUGAUUCUAGAUCAAGCUGGAAACAGGCCUUACAUGGAAUUGAGAUGAUCCGCGAAUCAGUUUUGUGUAAAAACAUCCCCAUUGUUGUAGCCGGUAAUAAGAUUGAUUUAGAAAGGAAACGAACUGUCCUCAAACAAGAAGUUCGUCAAGCUUGUGCUCAACAUGGAUUUGAACAUUUCGAAAUUUCUGUUGCGUUGAACCACGACGUGGACGAUUUGUUAGUUGGAUUAGUCGCUGAAAUACAAGAAGCUUUUGCUCCUGAAUUCGUAAAAACUCCAAGCCCUCGACACAUUGAUGACUUCCAUGCUGCAAUUCGACGAUACUCACAACGUAAGAAGAAGGAAGUCCCUGCUGAUAUCACAACUGGCAAGUGCUCAGCCUUAUCACCGGCUGGCUUAUUCAAUAAGAUUCGAAAUUGGAGAAGAGGGAGUACCCCACGUAUUGAAACUUAA